GGAGAACCUCUGGAAACUCUUUUUCCUUCUAUUUUUGGAGGAGCAUGGAGCUGGCAGGGACUGCCGCAGUUUUAAAUGCUUCCAUAUGAUCCCGGUGUUCCUGUAAGAGACCRUCCUGCAUAAUGCAGCAUCCGUGCUUGAUGCUGUUACUGAUUUUACACCAGGCUCCCAAAUGCUCAGGAUCCUCAAAGAAGCUGUUUGCAGCUACUGGAUCUUCGGUGCUGCUCAACUUCAACAACGUCACAGAGGUCAUAUGGUUCGUGCAGUGGGAGUACAAAAAAGGUCCAAAACAGGAAGGAAUUGUGGAUUACUUCAAGUCAGAUGGAAAAACUGUGAUCUAUGACCACUAUGAAGGCAGAGUACAAUUCCAUACAUCCAAYGGCUCCCUUGAGCUGAGAAACGCACAAGUGAAUGACAGCGGUACCUAUGUGGUCACAGUCAACUUAAAGAAAGACUUAGUAAGAGAAAUACUACUCCUAGUUAUAGACCCAGUGUCCAAACCUGGUUUAGAGACAGAUUCAAAGCUGAUUGAUACACCUAUCAAGUUAUCUUGUGUGGUAGAGCAUCUUGCCACAGUAAAAGAUGUUGUUUGGAAGAAAAAUGGGCGGCUGCUUCACCCAGAUACCCGUUAUGUGUUUUCUGAAGACCUGAGAGUUUUGCAAAUACAGAAUGGGCAGAAAUCGGAUUGUGGCUCCUACUCAUGCAAUGUCAGCAAUGAAGUAAGCUGGGAUGAAGCAUCCCUGGACUUGAUCGUUGAUGGUUUGAAACCAUUUCUGAAGCAAGCAGAGAAAAUAUCUACCGCUGCUAGUUUCUUGGCAUGGGCUGCCACACUUGGUCUCUUUCUUCUGUACUUCCUAUCAGGAAAAAAAAGAGUUGGAGUAGUGUCCUGGAUAUGGUCUUGUUUAGGCUCUCUCGUGCUGCUGUUUGGCUCCAGCCUUCUUCUGACCAUUGCCACUGGUCUCUGGAUACAAGAGGAAGGCAUUUAUCCAGUCUUUCUUCUAAUUCUUUUCCUUGUGGUGGGAAUCAUCAUGAUGUUAACAGUAGCUGUGAUCUUAGUACUUUCCCAGGUCAUACAACAAUUUAAAGUACAACCAUGUAAGUACACAUGAACUAUGCUGUGCAAGAACAUGGAAGGUAGCAAACCUGGUAACAAGAUGACUCUUCCUGCCCCUUGGGUUGCUUUCAACCAUCUCCCAUUUUGGAGGGCAAGCACACUUACCUAGUGAGCAGGAAAUUGCUCAGCUUUUGAUUCUUGAACAGUGCUUGUCAAGCUCAACACCAUGCCUCUGGUUUGGGGGUCUUAUUCUGA